GCCCAGUCAUCCUAGGACCUCACACUCUGUGCAAUACCUUGUCCUUCUUCGUCCAGCCCAUUUUCCACAUAUCUGAGCUAUGGUUGGUGAUUCUGCAGAAUGGAUUCCAUGUGGCUCCACUGGAUGUUGGCUCUGCUAGUGAGUCUGACCUGGCUGCAUUACUCCAUGGCUCAAGGCAGAGACUCUCCAGAAGAUUUUGUGAUUCAGGCAAAAGCUGACUGUUACUUCACCAAUGGGACAGAGCGGGUGCGGUUCGUGGUCAGAUUCAUCUUCAACCUGGAGGAGUGCCUGCACUUUGACAGUGACCUGGGGCACUUCGUGGCCCUGACAGAGCUGGGGCGGCCUGAUGCCGAGGCUUGGAACAAGCGGCCCGAUAUCCUGGAGAGGAGCAGGGCGUCUGUGGAUCUGCUCUGCAGACGCAAUUACAACCUGGGAGCCCCGUUCACUGUGGGGAGAAAGGUGCCACCAGAGGUGACAGUGUCCCUAGCAAGGACACCCGUCCUGCACCAGCACAAUGUGCUGCUCUGCUCUGUGACAGGCUUCUACCCAGGGGACCUCAGAGUCAGGUGGCUGCGGAACGGGCAGGAGGAGACUGCUGGGGUCAUGUCCACCGGCCUCAUCAGAAAUGGAGACUGGACCUUUCAGACCACCGAGAUGCUGGAAAUAACCCCCAAACUUGGAGAUAUCUACACUUGUCUAGUCGAUCACCCCAGCCUGCUGAAACCCAUUUCUGUGGAGUGGAGAGCUCAGGUUGAACAUUCCUGGGCAAAGAUGCUAAGCGGAGUUGCAGGCUUCCUGCUUGGGCUGAUCUUCUUUUUGGUGGGCAUCUUCACCUACCUCAGGGCUUGGAAAGGCUGCAUGGAGACUCAGCGGUCUGCUGCUGCUGAGGUCUCAAGAGUUGGUUUUCCAUCACAACCAUAUUAAACUCCUUAACUGGAUCUUCUCCCAAAAGCCAGAAGGAGUAGCCCGGGCUCCAGGCUUCACCAAGCAUGGUCAUGAGGAUCCUGUUCUGGGACGGACCCUUUGCCAUGAUCCCUGGAGGAGUUCUGAAUUGAUUCUAGUUUUGUGUCCUGAGAUGGUGCACUCCUUUCCCAUGCCCCUUCUUCCUCUUACUGAGGCCUUAUUAGCCCCAUCCCCAAGGAUGCGGUCCAGAAAUUUCUAGAAAAACAAAGAUCCUUCCAGACCCAAACUACCUUCCCUUCCAUGAUCUAACCCUAAUUCUCUAGGUCAUGAAUCCUCAUCCUCCAGUUGCAGCCCCCACAGUCUGCAGAAGACAGAUACUCAGAGCUGCUAUUUUUUCACCAUUUUAAAAAAGAUUUAUUUAUUUUUAUUACAAAGUCAGAUAUACAGAGAGGAGGAGAGACAG